AUGUCGUUUCGCAAAAGGAAUAUAGGACUUUCGUCCGGAGCAAGUCGCGAUUCGCCAUCUCCUACGGCGGCGCAACAACCCCCCGCCGCCCCCUCCGCAGCAGAAUCUCUCUCUGGUGUGCGGCCCUCCCCCGACGAUGGACGGCCAACGACGUCUACAGGCGCCCGUUCGCUGGACAAUCUACUAGCCGGGCAUGCUGGGCUCCCGCUUGGAAAGAUAUUGCUUAUUGAAGAGAAUGGGACCACUGAUUUCGCGGGGACGUUGCUGAGAUACUACGCUGCAGAGGGCGUGGUACAGGAUCACAAGGUGCACGUCAUCGGAAUCGGUGAGCAAUGGGGGAGGAGUCUUCCUGGCCUUGUAGGACCAGCAGAUUUGUUGGAAGACAAAGUGGACAGGAGGAAAGAAGAGAAAAUGAAAAUUGCUUGGCGAUAUGAGCGCCUAGGAGAAUUUGGAACUGGGAUCGCGGGAUCAAGAGCUCCCGCUCCAACAGCAGAUAAGACCGCAGCUGCUGCAGAUGGAGGCGCAGUAAACCAGCCUGCCUUCUGCCAUGCGUUCGAUCUCACG